UGUCCGUUUGCAGAUUAUUUUCUGGGUUUCUCCUAAAAUAUCAUUAACGCUCUGGGCAGUGCGCAUUCUCUCGAACAGUCACACUUUUCUUUCUCUCUUUCUCUCUAUCGACUAUCGGCGGCGACUGGGAGACCCAAAAUCCUAGAACAAUGCAGAUGCAGUACAAGAAUCUGGGCAGAUCCGGGCUGAAAGUGUCCCAGCUCUCAUUCGGCGCCUGGGUCACUUUCGGCAACCAGCUAGACGUCAAGGAAGCGAAGUCCAUCCUCCAGUGCUGCCGCGACCACGGCGUGAAUUUCUUCGACAACGCCGAGGUGUACGCGAAUGGCCGCGCCGAGGAGAUCAUGGGGCAGGCCAUCCGGGAGCUGGGAUGGAAGCGCUCCGACAUCGUCAUCUCCACCAAGAUCUUCUGGGGCGGGCCCGGGCCCAAUGACAAGGGUUUGUCCCGGAAACACAUCGUGGAGGGCACCAAGGCGUCGCUCAAGAGGCUCGAUAUGGAUUAUGUGGACUUGAUCUACUGUCACCGCCCCGAUACCAGUACUCCGAUUGAGGAGACGGUUAGGGCUAUGAACUAUGUGAUCGAUAAGGGGUGGGCGUUUUACUGGGGGACUAGCGAGUGGUCGGCGCAGCAGAUCACUGAGGCGUGGAGUGUGGCUCAGCGAUUGGAUCUCGUUGGACCGAUUGUUGAGCAGCCUGAGUAUAAUCUCCUCUCUCGCCACAAGGUUGAGGCUGAGUACCUCCCUCUGUAUAGUAACUACGGUAUUGGUCUCACCACAUGGAGUCCACUUGCUUCGGGAGUUCUGACUGGAAAGUAUACCUCUGGAAACAUUCCACCCGAUAGUAGGUUUGCACUGGAAAAUUACAAGAGUAAAUCCUCUCGGAGUGUCGUCUUGCAGAAUCUUGCCAAUAGGUCAUUGGUGGAUGAUGUGUUGAAGAAAGUGAAUGGACUGAAACCAAUUGCUGAUGAGUUGGGUGUGUCUUUGGCACAACUCGCAAUUGCCUGGUGUGCUACGAAUCCCAAUGUUUCAAGUGUUAUUACUGGCGCCACCAAAGAGUCUCAGAUUAAAGAGAACAUGAAAGCUAUUGAAGCCAUUCCCAAGCUAGCACCUGUGAUGGAUAAAAUUGAAGCUGUAGUUCAAACGAAACCAAAGCGCCCAGAUUCUUAUCGCUAGGUGCAAACCAAAGUGUCCAUAAUCCAGAUUCAUAUUGUUAGAACUUUGUCGGGAACAGCAUGCUGCUUUUGGCAUUUUCAUUUCAGUGGGUGCAAUUGUGUUGAUGCUGGACAUAUUUGUUGAAAACUGCAUAAAGUUGGGUUGUACAUUGUUGGUUUAAUGGUUUCUGGUUUAUAUUAUUCCAUCUUGUUUUUAAUCUAGCUUGUGUUUGUCUCCAUGUACUACUGGAAAAUAAACAAUUUGGCAGUUGCCAGGAUCUUGGAAAUGGUUGCUUCCCAGAAGCUUAAAACUAGUUUCACCUA